CCUUUCUUUUUGGAACAAGUACCAAGCCCCUUCUCUUUUCUCUUGUGUAUUUGCUAGCUUAAAAUAUCGUCCGCAGUCUGCUAAACCUCAGGCGACGAUUUGGCGGAAGAAUUCAGGCACUGAAGUCUGCGAAGGAGUGGAGUACGACUGAGCCAUCGAGGAAGAGCCGAAGAGGUGUGACCCUGUGAGUCCCUGUCCGGCAAUCCGGCCGUCCGCCGUCCCUGACUGCUCUCUGCCUUCUCUAGUAUCGCACUGCAUCUUCCUUCUCCCAAACCAAUAUGUAUAGGGGACUUUUAUGAAGUUCGACUGAGGCUUGAGUUUACGUAGGAAAGGCACUGCUUCAUAGCUAUUCAAGCACUUCAUCAGCUCAAAGUCCGGAACAUGUCUCAAGUAACCGAGGCUGCGUCUGAGGCCGUUAGUGCAGUUAAAUUUAGUUUCAUGACGGCCGAAGAGGUAAGGCGGCUAAGCCUGGUGAAGAUUACCAAUCCAGUACUUAUUGAUUUGGUAGGGAAUCCUACUCCAGGCGGAUUAUAUGACCCAGCAAUGGGCCCCUUUGAUGACAAGAAUCCGUGUAAAUCAUGUGGUCAGCGCUCAUUUCACUGUCCAGGCCACUGUGGGCAUAUUGAUCUUGUUUCUCCUGUCUACAACCCAUUGAUGUUUGAUAUGCUGAACAUUUUUCUGCAAAAAACAUGCCUGUUUUGUUUUCAUUUUAUCUCAGGAAGGGAAGAGGUUGAGACCUGUGCAUCCCAGCUGAGACUAAUAUCAAAAGGUGAUAUUAUUGGGUCCAGGAGAGUAAGUCCAGAAGACAGGGCUAAAAAAUUUUCAGAUGAUUUUGUUGUUCAUGAUCCUUCUGACUGUGAGGGAAGCCAUAUGUCUGGUCUUACAGAUGAUUUUGGCUUACAAGAUCAUUCUGACAGUAUCAAAUUGCUGCCAUGUUGGGACAAUUUUCAGUUUACUGAAGCUAUGACAGUUUUAAAUAAGUUCUUGAAAACAAAGUCUUCUGGUAAGGACCGUAAGUGCAGCACUUGCAAAGCAAAAAAUCCGAAGAUCAGUAAACCAACUUUUGGAUGGUUUCGUAUGGAUGGUUUAGAAAAUAAAUCACUUCGAGAAAAUAUCAUUGGAGGCCAUAAGUUGGAGAGAUGGAGCACGAUUCAAGCACAAGAUAACCCUGAGGUAGCGAAUGACUUUGAGACAGCUGAAACCAAUUCAUUCGUGACAACUUCUGAUGAAAUAGGAAAACCUACGGCACAUGGAAACCGUGAAAAGCAGAAACAAAUUCUUUCAGGAACUCUCUUACCCUCUCAGGUCAGAGACAUUUUACGUCUCUUGUGGGAAAAUGAAGCUUCUAUCUGCUCCUUCAUCUCUGAUAUUCAGUCCCAGAAUCUUAACAAACCUGGCAUGGGAGCAAGUUACUAUAUGUUCUUCUUGGAGGCCAUUCUUGUCCCACCUAUCAAAUUCCGGCCACCUGCUAAGGGAGGAGACUCUGUAAUGGAGCAUUCACAUACAGUUUUGUUAAACAAGCUUUUGCAGUCGAAUAUAGAAUUAAGAAACGCUCAUGUUAACACUGCUGAACGCUCUAAGAUCAUCAGGCGAUGGAUGGAACUUCAACAAUCUGUAAACGUACUAUUUGAUAGCAAAACUGCAAUGAAUCCAGGUAAAAAAGAUGGGACUAGUGGCAUAUGCCAAUUGCUGGAAAAGAAAGAAGGUAUAUUCCGCCAGAAAAUGAUGGGGAAGAGGGUCAAUUUUGCGUGCCGGUCUGUUAUAUCUCCAGACCCUUAUUUGGCAGUCAAUGAAAUUGGUGUCCCUCCUUAUUUUGCUUUGCGCCUGACCUACCCAGAGAGAGUGACUCCUUGGAAUGUUGUAAAAUUGAGGGAUGCUAUUACCAAUGGGCCUGAAAUCCAUCCUGGAGCCGUGUCAUAUUCUGACAGAAUUUCCACAGUCAAGCUGCAAAAUAGAAUGCUGCGUGCAGCAGUAUCUCGGAAAUUGCCUUCAUCUAGGGGAGUGUUAACACAACCUGGAAAGAGCAGUGAGUAUGAAUUUGAGGGAAAAAUUGUUUACCGUCACUUGCAGGAUGGGGAUGUCGUGCUUGUCAAUAGACAGCCAACACUUCACAAGCCCAGUAUUAUGGCACACGUAGUUCGUGUUCUGAAAGGGGAGAAAACUCUUCGCAUGCAUUAUGCUAAUUGCAGUUCUUACAAUGCCGAUUUUGAUGGUGAUGAAAUGAAUGUCCAUUUUCCUCAAGAUGAAGUUUCCCGUGCUGAAGCAUAUAACAUUGUAAAUGCUAAUGAGCAAUACAUCGUUCCUACCAAGGGAGAUACUGUUCGAGGCCUGAUUCAGGAUCAUAUUGUAAGUGCAGUCAUUCUUACAAUGAAGAGUACAUUUUUAACUCUUGAUGAGUUCAACCAACUCCUCUAUGGUUCUGGUGUGUCCAUGGGGGGGCAUAGGUCAUUUUCCGGUGGUCACUCUCAGAAAGUUUCUACUGUAGAUUCUGAGAGCUCUCUGCAGCCUAUCUUGCCUGCUGUCUGGAAACCGAAGCCUCUUUGGACCGGAAAGCAGGUCAUUACUGCAGUUUUAAACCAUUUGACAAGAGGUUUUGCACCUUGUACCAUCAGAAGCAAAGGAAAAAUUCCAGAGAAAUACUUCUCAAAAGAUAAAGACAAUACUGUUGAUAGUAAGUUUAUAAUUUGGAAAAAUGAGCUCGUACGUGGUGUAAUUGACAAGGCACAGUUUGGAAAGUUUGGUUUGGUCCACACUUUUCAGGAGCUAUAUGGGUCGAAUGUUGCAGGGAAUUUGCUCUCUGCUCUAAGUCGUUUAUUUACCAUAUUCUUGCAGACUCAUGGUUUCACGUGCGGAGUGGAUGACCUUAUAAUAUUGCCCGACUAUGACUCUCAAAGGAAAGAACAACUUGAAGGGGAUGAUGUUGGUGAAGAAGUUCAUGCUAAUUUUGUUAAGUUCAAACCUGGAGAGAUAGGUCCAAGAGAACUCCAGCUUGAAAUUGAAAAGGCAAUUUGCAUGGAUAAAGAAAAUGCUAUAGCUUCCUUGGACAUGAAGAUGAAAAACCAACUUAAUAAAAAAGCAAAAAACAUGGACAAAGAUUUGCUUCUCAAAGGAUUAUUGAGACCAUUUCCCAAGAAUUGCAUCUCUCUUAUGACGGUCACUGGGGCUAAGGGCAGUACGGUUAAUUUUCAACAAAUAUCAUCAUAUCUGGGCCAACAAGAGCUCGAAGGAAAACGGGUACCUAGGAUGGUUUCUGGGAAAACUUUGCCAUGCUUCCCCCCUUGGGACUUCACCUCCAGGGCAGGAGGCUUUAUCACCGACCGAUUUCUUACUGGACUUCGUCCCCAAGAAUACUACUUUCACUGCAUGGCUGGCCGUGAAGGACUAGUAGAUACUGCUGUUAAGACUUCCCGUAGUGGAUAUCUACAGAGAUGCUUGGUAAAAAAUCUUGAGAGCCUUACAGUAUGCUAUGAUUAUACUGUUCGUGAUGCAGAUGGAUCCAUCAUCCAAUUUUACUAUGGUGAAGAUGCAGUUGAUGUGCAUCGUACUAGCUUUCUGAAAAACCUGAAGGCACUUCAAAAAAAUGAAGAAACCAUCCGUCAAAAGUUUCGGCAUGCACGCGAGUUUAAUUCUUACAUUGAGAAAUUGCCUGAUGGUCUUAAAGAGAAAGUGCAGAAGUUCUUGAUGGAAAGGAAGAAAAAGCUAGAUAAAAAAUCAAAGAAAUUUUUACCAAAGCAUGUGAAAGGGGAAAAUCUUGAGAAACAAGAGGAUCAGCUGAGUGAAGGAAACAACAAGCUGGGGGCCUUUCUUAAAUUAGUGGAACAGAAGUAUUUGCAUAGUCUGGUUGAGUCAGGAGAGCCGGUUGGUGUAAUAGCUGGUCAGUCCAUAGGUGAACCAUCAACUCAGAUGACGUUAAACACUUUCCAUCUCGCUGGCCGUGGAGAAAUGAAUGUUACACUAGGUAUUCCACGUCUUCAAGAGAUUCUGAUGACAGCUUCUGAUGUGAUUAGGACUCCUUUUUUGUCCUGUCCCUUCCUUGGGUGGACAUCAAGGGAUGAUGCCCGGUCUCUUCUCGCAAAAGUUAUGAAGGUCACCAUUGCAGACAUGAUUGAGAGCAUGGAAGUCCAUAUGACACCUUUAGUUAUCGAGAACCAGAUCUCUCGAGUAUUCAAACUUAUUGUGAAGCUCAAGAAACAUGAUUUUGUUUCGUUGAAAGACUGCAAGCGUACCCUCAAAACUACCUUUAUGAGGGGAUUAGAGGAUGCAAUCCAAAAUCAUGUGCAUCUGCUUUCUAAAAUUAGCGGCAUAAAAAAUUUCAAAACCAAUACCCAGCAUUCUGGUGCAUCAGAUGAAUCAGAUGCAGAUGUUCCUGGCUCCGGAUCCCAAUGUGAUACAGUGGGCGAUGAUGAGGAUGAUGAUGAUGAUGAUGAAGAUGGAGCUGAUGAUCUUGGUUCUGAUGCUCAAAAAAGAAAAGAGCAAGCUACGGAUGAGGUAGAUUAUGACGAGGACAAUUCUGACAACGAUGAUCACUCAUCUUUGUCUUCUGAAGUAAAAAAUGAUGAAAUAGAUAAGAUGGAAGAAGAAGAAGCUAGCAUGUUUGAUGAUGAAGCUGAAGAGAGAGAUUCAAAACAGGCUAAAGCAAGGCAAAAAUUGACCAAAUCAACAACAGAUGAAGUAAAGCGGGAAAAGGAAUAUGAUAGAAAGGAACAUGACAGGGCCAUCUUCAGCGCAGUGAAAGGAUCACAUUUUGAAGCCCACUUCAAGCUUAAAAGUAAUGAUCCUCAUAUCUUACUAGCACAGGUGGUCCAAAAGACUGCAAAGAAAGUUUUCAUAAGGAGUUCUGGGAAGAUCCACCAGUGUAGAAUGGUUAAAUAUGAGGUAGAUGAAAAUACAGUGCUUUGGGAUGGGGAGAAAUCGAAUGAAGUGAAGAAGUUUCAAGAUGACGAUAGCAAAGACGCCCCCCUUUACUGGGCACUGAAAGCCGGUGGAGUGGAUUUUGGUGCCUUUUGGGAAAUGCAGGAUAAACUGGAUGUAAAUAGGAUAUACAGCAAUAACAUAUAUGCAAUGUUGAGAACAUAUGGGGUUGAAGCUGCCAGGGCAACCAUCAUCAAAGAGGUGAAGACAGUUUUCGGCAUUUAUGGUGUGGAGAUUGAUUAUCGUCACUUGAGCCUGAUUGCCGACUCCAUGACCCAGACUGGUGGGUACCAAUCCAUGAGUAGACAUGGAAGAAUGGCUGAUUCAUUGUCACCAUUUUUGAAGAUGUCCUUCGAAACAGCAUCAAAAUUCAUAGUUGAAGCAGCAUCUCAUGGGAUGACUGAUCAUCUGGAGACGCCAUCUUCGAGGAUUUGCAUGGGCUUACCCGUGAAGGUUGGUACUGGAUGCUUUGACUUGAUGCAAAAGUUGGAAAUCGACACACACUGAGAACUUAACUCUCACUGUUGUGCAAUCUGUACUACUGUUUCUGAUGUUUAUCAAUCAGAUGUAUACCAGUUUUUAUUUUAUUUAUUUAUUUAGAUUGAAGUGUUGUUUUGGUUAAUUACUAUGAGACGAGGGUUCUUCGUGGCUCAUGAAUUAUUAUAUUUAGCCAUCGAGUGCCAUAAUUUUGCUUCAUAAUGUUAUAUAUAUAUAAUGCUAGUGUGAAUAGAAACCUUCUUUUAUUCAUUCUUAUUAGUACAUUUUGAGUUAUGCACUA